AUGUCGGUGUCUCUCUUUUUCUGCCGUUGGGCGGCGUCGUCGUCGUCGUCGUCGUCGCCCUCGUGGUCCCACGGAAAUAAGUGGCGCAGGUUUGACAGAGAGCGCAUUCUGGUCUUUGUCGUUCGCGUCUCAUAUCCUCCGCUCUGUCAGCAAUGCAACCGCGGUCCCGUCUUGGAGCGUUUCGCCUCCCCGUCAAAGGCAUGGUUGAAGAGGAACACGCCCGAAGCCAACAGCCAAAAAACCGCCGAGGUGCAGUGGACGGACGGGAGAGUGAGAGGCUGUGGAGUCGGCCAGAUUCCGGGGACUCUUCACGUCUCCUGCGUCCUAGCGCUCGGCGACAGCGAACGAACAGACUGGCGUCGCGAGGCUGUGGCAAAGAAGAAGGGGAAGAGGGGUGGCCAGCGGGAGCUGGAGCUGGAGCUGCAUUGGCUUCCCCCAUUGCCAAUGCUGCGCAGCGGUUUUGCCUGCUGGGAUCCCCGCCACACUUGCACAGAGUACCGCGGCCCUAUCCACAGCUCGGGCGAGGCGGCAGGCCCUUCAGCCUGUGGUUUUGAUGGUAAUAUCUCUCAGCACCACAGAAAUUCGACCGCAAACGUUGAAGCGCCGUCUUGGGCGGGCCCUCAGAGCAACCUAUUUGCAAAUGCCAAGCUAAAGCGGUUCCGUAACGGCCACAGUCUCCAGGCUUCUGGGUGUGUUCUGGAGCAGAGCAUCGUGGGAUUGAGAGUGGAAGAGCUCCACUCGACCGGUUCUCUUGCUGAAGUUUCUGGAUCCUCUUCCUGCACAGUGUUCUCAAUUCGGCCCAGUUGCCCAUCUGGCCUCUGCUUCAAAGAAAGCUUCGCUUCGCGUUGCUUUGGGUACCCGUACGGAGUACGCUGCACGGAUCCAGAUACAGAUACUGGGCCCAUUGACCCCUCAAUCUCCAUUAGAGUGUGGCAUCUCGCUGCUGAAGCUCCGGGGCUUCCUCGCAGACAUGAGGCGCGGUGGGGUGUCGACGCCGACCUCUGUCGAUUUCUCUCACUUGUCAAGUUUUCGGAGCAGAUCUUUCAUCUGUGGCUGGAUUGGGUUUUACUCGUCCAGGAAUUGAUGGACAUUGGCCGAAAUCAACGAGAAUCGGAGGUUGCACUGCCUGCGUCAUAUUCAGUGGUUGGAAUGACUCGGAUUUGGAGACAACUUCUCCACGGACCCUUACAGCACUGCGAGUUAUUCCAGAGGACGGAGUACAUCUCGGAGUCUUUGCGAACGUUGGAGGACAAGAGGCUUGAGCAGGACAUUCGAGGGUUCGUCAUCAAGAUGCAGCUACUUGCGACUUUGCGACUUACGGACAAGUUUGGCAUGGCUUGUCACUCAAGUCUCAACGGCAUCCCGUCCUGUCACCUUGCAAGCGUUGGACGGCGGUCGGGAGCCACAAAGCUGGCGGCGGAUUGCAGCGACAACACAAACGCGAGUGACUCAACCCCGUUGGCAACUGACAGGACGCUUGCUGUGGUUGCUGCAGCUCCAAGACAGCCAGACGACACAUCGCCUUCAGCCCGGCAAUGUGGACGGUGCACCCAUCAUCACGGAGGCUGA